CGGGAGAUGUGGCCCAGAAAAUCUGACUACAUGUUGUCUAUGGUGGGAUAUGCGGUGGGACUUGGCAAUGUCUGGAGAUUCCCAUACCUUGCUUUCAAACAUGGCGGAGGUGCCUUCCUAAUCCCAUUCAUUAUCAUGCUGGCAUUUGCUGGCUUGCCCUUGUGCUUUUUGGAAUGUUCUAUUGGACAGUUUGCCAGUCUGGGUCCUAUUGCAGUAUGGAGGAUUGUGCCACUCUUUGAAGGUGUUGGCAUAACCAUGGUUCUCAUUUCCGCACUGGUCUCUAUUUACUACAAUGUCAUUGUUGCCUACAGUCUGUAUUACUUAUUUGCCUCAUUUACUAGUUACCUUCCUUGGGCAGAGUGCCUUGAAUGGUCAGACAGCAGAUGUCGUAAUGGCAUAUCCGGAUCUUGCAAUGUAACGAUGGACAAUUAUACAGUAGUGGUGAAUGUGUCUUGGGUAAAUAACAACAAUCUCACCUGCCUCCCUGACAACAAUACAGAGCUUCCGAGCAAACAGUACUGGGAAAAAGUGACCCUGCAGCGCUCUAGUAGCCUCGAUGAGACGGGGCAUGUGGUUUGGUACCUAGCUCUUUGUCUAAUACUGGCAUGGAUUAUAACUGUGGCUUCAUUAUCUAAAGGCAUAAUGUCUUCUGGAAAGGUAGUGUACUUCACAGCCCUGUUUCCCUAUUUCGUUUUAAUCAUCCUCCUUGUCAGAGGCGUCACACUGGAGGGGGCGAGGGACGGAAUUGAAUAUUAUAUUGGGCAACAGUCUGACAUCAGCAAGCUCAGUGAUGGGGAAGUCUGGAGAGAUGCUGCUACCCAAAUCUUUUAUUCCCUCUCCACGGCUUGGGGAGGACUGAUCGCUCUUUCAUCUUACAAUAAAUUCAAUAACAAUUGUUACAUGGAUUCCAUAGUGGUCUGCGUAGUCAACUGCCUCACCAGUAUCCUUGCAGGGUUCGCUAUCUUCUCUAUCCUCGGACACAUGGCUUUCAUAUCAGGGAAAAAAGUCUCAGAAGUAGUCGAUGAAGGAUUUGGCUUGGCAUUCAUCGCUUAUCCAGAUGCACUGGCAAAGCUGCCAAUAUCCCCACUGUGGUCCAUUCUAUUUUUCUGCAUGCUCUUGACCUUAGGACUUGACUCACAAUUUGCCACAAUAGAAACUGUUACAACGGCCAUACAGGAUGCAUUCCCCAAAGCAAUGAAGAAAAUGCGGAUUCCCCUUACUUUAGCGCUUUGUGUGUUGUUGUUUCUCCUUGGUAUCCCAUGUGUCACUCAGGCCGGAAUUUACUGGGUUAUUCUAAUUGAUUUCUUUUGUGGGGGAUGGACUGUCUUAUUUGCCGCAAUAUUUGAAUUGGUGGCACUUAUAUGGAUUUAUGGUGGCAAUAGGGUGAUCAUGGAUAUAGAGAUGAUGAUAGGAAAGAAGCCCUGGAUCUUCUGGCUGUGGUGGAGAGCCUGCUGGUAUUUUGUGUCACCUGUGCUUUUAGCGGUGAUUUUAAUUUGGUCACUGUUAACAUUUGUACCCCCUGAAAAUAAUGGUGUUCUGUAUCCUAAAUGGGGUUUAACCUUGGGGUUUCUGAUGGUUAUUUUCUGCCUUAUAUGGAUUCCAAUUAUGGCAGGUGUCAAGAUCAUCCAAAGUAAAGGAAAUAUUUUGCAGCGCAUUGCAAGUUGUUGCAGACCGACUGACACCUGGGGUCCUGCCCUCCCAAAAAAUCGUAAUGAGAGAUACCAACAUAUGAAAGACGAAAGCGUAACGAACAAAGACAAGGAAACUUCAGAUAAAAAAGUUGUAGAGAGAUACAUACAAAUGAAGGAGGAACCUUUUAAGCAGGAAGACAAAGGGGUGGACAUUCCCGACAUUACAGGGCUUGAUAAUCCAUCAUUUCAGAGUGACUGAAGAUGCUGCGUAUUUUGUAUUUACUUUCAUUGACAUAUAUUCGUUUUUGUACAGAACCUACAAUAAAUUAAAUACAUGAUUUUA